AUGGCUGACCUCGCUGGGUCUGACUCGAGCCCAGCCGUGGCCGCAAGUCAGCUUUCAGCGCCUACGAAGGCAGACAAUGUCAAGGCACCCCCAUUCCUACGUUUGCCGGCAGAACUGCGCAACCGAGUGUAUGGAUAUGUUCUGGAUUACCAACACAAGUACAGCAGGUGCAGUCCUUGUUACCGUACUGAACGCCGCUACGAAGUAUUCUGGACUGGUCUCAACAUGGUCUGCCGACAGUUACGCACCGAGUUCCACCCCCUCGUUUACCAAAAUCAUGAAUUGGCCACGAGCUUUCAUGCUCUCGAAAAGUUUCUUGCAGAAUUCUUUCUAGGGGGCGAAGCCAAUGUGCCAAUCUCGUCCAUUGUGGUUUUUUUAGUUAUGAGGAAGGACAUCCUGUCUCCAUUCCACCUCUGCUAUAGCCAUGGGCUAGAAGAUAUCCAAAGUCAUGGUGCUGUGAGACACUUCAUGACGUCCGGUUUGAGAGAUUUCAUGAUUCGGCUCAUCAACCUCUCUUCGAGCGACAAUCUACUACGCACUUUACCCGAGAAUCUCCUCAUUUCCCAGGUGAUGCUCUUGUACAAGCCAUCCUUCUCCGAUUCAUUUAAGAUAGGGUUUUGGCGACUUAAAGUCCAGAAGACCAACGGGGGUGGUGCGCUGAACGCCGGAGAUAUUCUGGCACUGUGUGCGUUCUGUCGAAAAUUGGAAGAAAUUCAGCCCCAUGGUCCAGAAACCCCCGCGGAUGAGGGAAGGUUCCUAGAUUUGAUCAUAAAGGUUGUUGGUGGAGAGGAUAAGGUCCUGGACCGACAUGUAUUGACUGCGAGGAAGCGGUGGUCGAUUGCCUAA